UCAAAAUUGAUACAAACGGGAGGCGGAGUGAAGCUGUUUGCUGUUUGUUAAUGUUGACUCGAAAACUCCGCGUCUUGUUUGUUUGGUUAUGUAGCUGGAAGAGAUAUAGAACAUGUUGACCUCUCGCAGUUAGAACGCCGCUUACCAUGGGGGCUGUGAUGGUCUGUUGAUGUUAACCAAGACCUCAUGGCAGAUUCAUCCCCACUGUAGCCAACCGCAUUCUCAGGGACCAUGUUUCUCAGAUGAGCGACACACACACACACACACACACACACUCACUCUGGAUCUUGAGAACAACAAGCAAAGGGCCCCUGUGUUCUAAACACCUCCCCUGGUACUAUCUGGUUCUUCUUCCAGUGCGCUCAUUCUCGUUCUCCUCUGUCUCUGUUUAUUUUUCUGUCUUUCCUCAUUCACCCCUCAUCUAUCAAACCCUUCCUGUCUCCCAUCUUUCUCCUCAUCCCUUCUUCUCUCCACCCCUCCUCUCCUCUCCCAAUCCUUCCUCCAGACCCUCCACCUCCACCCCAUCCCACCCCACCCCACCCCAUGUCCCCUCUCUCCUCACGCCCCCUGAGACAUGAACGGCGUUGAGCCGCCACAGGCCAGUCUAAACUCCGCUUACGCGGCCGUGCCACAUUCCUCCAUGUCCGACGACGAUGAGGACCGAGCCCGGGGCCCCGGGGGUGACCAGGCUCCGCUGCUGCCCGCCGCCACCACGGGGCCGCUGGCCACCCGCCACAGUCCCGAGGACGCCCACUACCUGGUGUACAUCAUCUUCUUCGUGCUGGGCAUCGGCUCGCUGCUGCCGUGGAACUUCUUCAUCACGGCCAAGCAGUACUGGCUGUUCAAGCUCAGCAACAACUCGCGCACGGACGGCCAGGGGGAGCCGCCACACUCAGACCUCAGUGACUACUUUGAGAGCUACUUAGCCAUCGCCUCCACAAUUCCCUCGGUCCUGUGCUUAGUGCUCAACUACCUCCUUGUGAACAGAGUGUCGUCACAGGUGCGUGUCCUCUCGUCCCUGUGUGUGAUCCUGGUGGUGUUUGUGGUGACCACGGUGCUGGUGAAGGUGGACGUGUCGGGCUGCCAGAAUGAGUUCUUCGCGGGCACGCUGGCCAGCGUAGCCCUGGUGAGCGGAGCCUCCAACCUCUUCUCCGGCAGCGUGUUCGGCAUCAGCGGCCACUUCCCCAUGCGCAUCUCCCAGGCCCUCAUCUCAGGACAAGCGAUGGGCGGCACAUUGAGUGCAGUGGCGUCCAUAAUCGACUUGGCGGCGGCUGGGGACGUCACAGACAGCGCCCUGUUCUACUUCCUGACGGCCGACUUCUUCAUCCUCAUGUGCAUCGUCAUGUAUCUGUUGCUCCCCAAGCUGGGCUACUCACAGUACUACAUGGCUCUGGCCGGAGUGGCCAGUCCCUCGGAGGGGUCAGCAGACGGGCACGCUGGCGGUGCCGCCCCCUCGGUCUCGGUGCCCCCUCUGAAGCCCAUCCUGCGCAAGACGUGGGUGCUGGGCUUCAGCGUCUUCUACGUCUUCUUCAUCUCCAUCAUGGUCUUCCCGGCCGUCUCGUCGGGCAUCCAGUCGGUGCAGCACGACUCGGGCAGCCCCUGGACCACCACCUACUUCGUGCCGCUCACCAGCUUCUUCCUGUACAACGUGGCCGACUUCUGCGGCCGGCAGAUCACCGCCUGGCUCCAGGUGCCCGGCCCCACCAGCCGCGUGCUGCCCGCCCUGGUGGUCUGCCGCACGGUCCUAGUGCCCCUCUUCGUGUUCUCCAACUACCAGCCGCGCUACCACCUGCACAAGGUGCUGUUCGCCCACGACCUCUUCCCCGUGGCCUUCGUCACGCUGCUGGGCCUGUCCAACGGCUACCUGGGCACGCUGCCCAUGAUCUACGGGCCCAAGGUGGUGCCGCGGGAGCUGGCCGAGGCCACCGGGGUCACCAUGUCCUUCUUCCUGACGCUGGGGCUGGCCGUGGGCUCGGCCUUCUCCGUGCUUCUCGUCCACUGCAUCUGACGGCACGGGGGCACCAGAAGGUGGACUAAAGGACUUGCGGUGGAUGGGGAGAGUAGAGUAGAGUAGAGUGGAGAGAGGCACAGCAGACCCUCACAUUCCUCUCCUCUUCCUCUUCCUCUCCAUCUCCAGAGCCCAGACUAGGAAUCCACAGGGAAGGGGCUAACACUAUGAACAUAACACAAAGCUGAGAGAGGGACACUACGAAACUAACAGCCUACUUCCUGAUUAGCUCAGCGAUGGUAUUUGUUUUUUUAAAGAAGCAUUACAUUUUACCCUGAACUAUUUGAAUAGGGAUGCAGGCAAGGGUUUCUACUGUAUGCAUUACCUUUUAUUUGUAUGUUUUAAUUUUUUUAAUAAUUGUAUUUGAACUUUUAGAAGUUUGUUUUGCUGAAGAUGACCAUAUGAUUUCAUUGUCGUGGUGUCUCAGGGUGUUGUUGACUGAUCUCAUUGUUUACUGCCUCGAAUGAUGAAGUCUUCAAUGAAAAGACACUCAGGCGUGAUGGUGCACGUGGCAGGUGGUGUAAUGGCUGAUUUGUCAGCGGCGCACGUCCUCACUCACGCUGUGUCUUCUUGCCUCAUCCUCGGAUCAGCCUGCUGAGCUGGCUCCAUGAGCUUCUCACUUUCACUUCUUCAAUCGAUCGAACAUGGCCUUUGAGCUGCUUUUCAAGUGUGCUUCAGACAUGCACAGAAGCCACCUCAAAGAAGAUCUGGAGAGAGUGUAGUAGGGAGAUUGGAAGCUCACUGGCUGGAGAGUUGGACUGACUAACAGCCUGUAGCAGUUCACUCUGUUUAUUAUACACUCACACAAAACAUCGGUAUGUAAACAGAAAGUGUUGAGGCAAGCGCCAAAAGCCUAGGUUCCGUAGCUGUACCAUCACAUAAAGUCAGCCUUGAUGUUCCUAAAACACAGCAAUAAUUAGUCUACUUUUCUCUGGAAACUGUUCAUGGAACGGAUGGAAAGGGCCCAUCCCCACACACCCAUAAAUAACCACCCGUUAUCUCUGGGGGAAUAUCAUAGCACAUUCAACAUAUUACCAAAGAGCUUGUGGAGCGCAAGAUUAUUGCCCAAUGAGUGGUCUCCAUGUUGUCUUUCUUUUCUUUUCACAACCUCUUUGAGUUUACACCUGUGAAGUUGUACUUUAUGAACUGUUCAUAUUAUGUGUUUUCAGUCAUUUCAUGUUAGUUUUUUAAUCUGUUGCAUUGGUACAUUUCUCAAAUCAUCAUUUGAUGAUAUUCAAAACAUUCAAAACAUUAAGCGCAUUUCUUGAGCACCUCUCGGUGGAUUACCUGCGAAAGUCUGCACAACAAGCUGAGUCAGUGCCUCAUAAAUGUGACUUUUUUGGUGUCUA